GCCGGUGCCAGUUGUUGUUUUUUAAUCCUCCCCUUUUGAAUCCUGUCUUCGUGUACUGCUUUACAUUGUUGUCUACGCGUUCUCAAAGAGAAGAGACAAUCGAAGCCCUUUGCUCUGUGUAACACGGCAAUAUGAGUUCCCCUGGGCAGCAGCAAGGUGGCCCAGGUGGGGUUGGACCUGGAGGCCAGAGCAGUCCCAAUCAACCCACGACCACAAGUUCAGCAACAGCUCAUACGAGCACAUCUACACACAACUCACCCACUUCGACCUCAACAUCGUCUGUGACCAAUAAGGGUGCCAUCAUCGGUGGUAUCGUCGGAGGAGUUGCUGGCCUACUACUCAUUUCUCUAAUUGGAGUCUGGUUGCUACAACGGCGGAAACAGCGCCAGAAAAGAGCCAGGAAAACGCGACCGGUCACCUACGCUGGCCUCAAUUCAGUAUUCCGUGGUGUUCCAUUCAACCGUUCCUCCAGCCAAAGCCCACACAACAGUCUACUUCCACAGCCACAGGUCUCGCAAGGUCCUCCCUCCGGGAUGGGUCUCAGAGGAGGUGCAGCGAGUUAUGGGCAACGGGAAAGUGGCAGCGAAAUGGACAACUUGCCACCCAGUUAUGCAGAGAGUCAGAUUAUGGAUACAACGCACCGCACAAGCUCAGACACGAUUAUCUCGCCGCUAAGCGCCAGAGUUCCAGGCGAUGCUCACACCAUAUCCCCACAGACAACGGGAGCCUCAACAUUCAUGUCCUUACAGCGCCUAUGGGCUACGAACGAACCUCAUCCAAUAUCGCCGCAGACGACUGGCGCUUCAGCCAUAGUCCGACCAUACACAACCGUUUCUGAAGAAACUCCUAUAUUAACACCACAACCUACCGGAGCAACAAUGUCCGUCCUCCCACAACAAACACGAGAUACGAUGGGAUUUCCCAUAGAGCCAGAAGAGAUUCGCCUACUACCAGCCAUGCCAACCACAAUCGUAUCACCAGCGCCCAGAUAUCCUCUGGUGCACCAGGAUUCUCUGGAGCAUGUAAUACGGCAAGGCUUGAUGCCGAGCGAGAGUCCAGAACCGAGGAACUUGAAUCCGGAUCGAUUGAGAGUGAUCAGCCAGGAGAUGCCCAGAGAGAGUCCUAUUCUGGGUCUGAAUUCUGUUAGAAUGGCCCCGCAGACUGCGGCGAAUGACGCUCUGAGGAGGAAUGAUACACAACGGACUGUGAGCUCUGUGAGCAGUAUGGGAAUGAGUGUGAUUAGCGAUGGAGAGUUGGAAAGGUUGGGUGUGGGUUUGUAUCAUCCACCUGCUGGGAAUGGUGGGAAUUAAAUAGUUAGUGUAUAUUAUAGACGGAGGCUUCCUUCAUUUA